AUGAAGGUUCUCUUCCUUGCCCUCGCCGUUCUGGCCACCGCUCAAGCCGCCGUCCUCGACCGCGAAACCGCCCUGCACCUGGAGGAGCUCCGAUUGGAGUUGAUCAGCGCUCUGGAAAAGAACUCUUUCGCUCAGCAGAACCCGCUGUUGGAGAAUGUUGAGAUUCAAAAGUUGGGCAAAUUCCUGUGCAAGCCUUGCCAAGCGCUGUUCGAGUUGAUCAAGGUCGAACUGCAGAACGCCAAGAAGAUUGAGAAGGCUAUUUUGUUGCCAACCAUCCAUGUAAGUUGAGGGAGCUCGCUAGUUUUGCCCAUUUUAUCUUAUUUUAGUCAUCAAAAUUUGGAACUUUUGUCAUCAAAAUUUGGGACUUUUGUCAUCAAAAUUUGGAACUUUAGUCAUCAAAAUUUGGGACUUUUGUCAUCAAAAUUUGGAACUUUUGUCUUCAAAAUUUGGAAUUUUGUCAUCAAAAUUUGGAACUUUAGUCAUCAAAAUUUUCAAUAAUUUUGUAAAUUUGAUAACCAAACCAAUGUCAACUAGCAUUUUUUUGAUCUUAUCUAAUUGCCUAUGCCCUGUAAUGACUUCAUUUUUUAGAGAUACUGCCAUGAAAAGCUCGGCAAAAUCGAGCAACUCGAGCACUUGUGCGCCAACCUCGCCGAUGAAGCUCUUGCUCGUUUGGCCGACUGGAUCCAAGAGGAAUCGAACAAAAUUGAGCCUGACCGUGUUUGCGUCUUCCUCCACGCCUGCUAA